AUGUUUGGCCAUUCAAAUUUACCAGCUCUCGAGGAACUUAACAUGGGUAUUGCACCCGAACAACUCCAAGUGCUAAAAAAUCAGCUCAAUCUGGAGCAUCCUCCAACACCACAGUCCACUUUCAACUAUGCAUGGGGCUUGUUGAAAUCCGAUAAAGUGGUCGCACAGAAAAAGGCGCUUGAGCUCUUCACAACCGUCUACCGAGAUGCUCCAUCUUUGCGUAGAGAGGCCCUAUAUUACAUGGCAUUGGGAAGUGUCAAACUUGGUGAAUUCACCAAUGCCAGGAAAUAUUCAGAAUCACUCUUAGAAAAGGAACCCGACAACACACAGUUCAAGGCCUUGAAACAGGCAAUUGACGAUCAGGUCACACAGGAUGGACUCAUUGGAUUGGGCAUUGCAGGAGGUGUUUUGGCCGUAGGACUUGGUCUUAUGGGCGCUUUGAUGAGACGUAAGAAGUAG